GCCUGGGUGUUGGCUUUCUAGACAAGGCGGAAGAUGGCACAUAUAAGCAGCUAAGCAACCCCCCGCCCUAGUGCGCCAUUUACACAUAUAAACCAAACAAUGGGUAUGGGUUCCAAACAGAAUGAAUUCAGUGAGGAUUAUCUGAUACUGAAGCCAAAGGAAGCAUCUCUGGUGGAUGUGUUUCUGUUCAUACUUCCUUUAGGAUCCAGAAGGAUCAGAAGCUUGAUCGAUUGCCCCGACGCCAAGGAAGAGUCAUACAGCAGCUUCAAAGCCCGAUGUACCAUUUUCGUCUCUAUUUUGGUGCAGAAAUUCCUGCUCGCCCUCGCCGCCCCGCUCCUGACCUUACGCGCAUUCCUCUCAGUUAUUCAACCCCUUUUCUUCAACUAUAUGAUUGGAAAGGGUGAGUUCUAUACCAGGUCGGAUUCCGGACCGGAGGUGAGAUGUCGAGACUGGCAAAUAGAGGAUCCGGACGACAAGGGUUUCAAAUAUUAUGGAGCCUUAACCAUGAUGGCUUCCCAAUUGGCGUAUGAAGAUUAUACAGCUUCCCCCUCCGUUGUUCAUUCAGUGGUAAAUGGUUGCUGGCAGAUGACUUUACUUGGAUGCUUCAAUUUUUGGAACGACUUUCAGAAUAAAGCAACGACUGGUGCAUUUAUGUUUCAAAACACAGCGAAAGACCCGAAUGUAACAGUUGUGGCAUUUAGAGGGACUUCCGUAUUUGAGGCUUCGGAUUGGAUGGUAGAUUUCAACAUCUCUUGGUACAAAAUAGAGGGCAUUGGGCGCAUCCACAGUGGGUUCAUGCAGGCCCUUGGCCUCCAAAAGGCUACCGGCUGGCCCAAAGAGCUCCCUGAAGCCGAACAUGAGUUCGCAUACUACACAUUACGCCGAAGGCUUAGAGACAUUGUCAAAAGCAACGAUAAGGCGAAAUUUAUCAUCACUGGGCACAGUUUGGGCGGCGCCCUUGCCACCCUUUUUGUCACUUUGCUAGCCCUACACCAGGACUCCACAAUUCUCCAGAGGCUCCAAGCUGUUUAUACCUUCGGCCAGCCUAGAGUUGGAGACAAAGAUUUUGCAGAGUUUAUGGUAAACACUGUUACAAGAUAUGGAUUAAAGUAUUACAGAUAUGUCUAUUCUUUUGACUUGGUACCUAGAGUGCCUUUCGAUUCUAUUAUUUUUAAGUAUAAACACUUCGGUGGAUGCCUCUACUUCGAUUGCUUCUACAACGGCAAGUUUCGUAAGGAGCAGCCCAACACAAACUACUUCUCGCUAAUUUGGGUGAUACCAAAAUAUUCAAGUGCACAUUGGGAGCUUAUAAGUAGUCUAAUAAUAAUCCCAGUUUUCAAGGGUAGGGAAUACUUUGAGGGAUUUGUUACGACACUGGAAAGGGUGGUUGGAUUGUUCUUUCCAGGACUAUCAGCUCAUAUAUGUCCAAAUUAUGUUAACGUGACUCGUUGGGGGAAAAUAAAGGUGCUGCCCGACCGCAACGAAACCUUGAAGCUUGUUCGCUACAUCGAAGCCGACACCUAGAAAGCAUCAACAAGGUUGAACAUCAUCAAUAUUUGUCAUAAGACUGUUUGUUUGUUUGUUUGCUUGCUUGCUUGAGGCUCUUUUUACUUUUCAUAAAAUAUGGGUUAUUGCAAUCUGGAGUUUCUAUAUGACAAUAAACGUAUCUAUCAA